UUUUAGCAGACGCACAUCUGACACUUUUUAUCGGCAUCUUUGCAAGAACUAGUUUCAUCUAUCGCGUCACUAAUCUGAGAGUCGACUCGAGUGGGGAGGAAUGGAUAAUUAACGCAAAGCUAUCUAUUUUUGCUGUUCGACUUUUGAACGAACAUUUUAAACUUGUCUACUGAAGUUGGGACUUAAGUUUGUUCAGAAUUGUCACGUUUUUAUCGAAGUGAUUAAAAUAUUUUUUUAAUAUAUCAUUUUAGUUAUCUCUGACUUUGCUCCCCGCUCAGAAAACCGAUACAACUGUCCUUUAUGCAGCUUUGCAAACGUUUUAUUAAAAUAAAUACCUUGGACACUUAAUGAGUAUGCAGUUCCGCUACGCAGCUGUGCUAUAUACUCUCUUAACUCAGUAGAUUUUAAAACCCUAACUCAGUAUAUUUUAAAUUAUUCUGUAGACCUGAAUUUAUUUACCGAAUCUUCACUCUUCAUGUGUGUUUAGUUUGUUUUGCCAGUCAUCAGCGCGUCACCAACAAAAAAAGAUCCAUUCACAUCCAGGAUAACAAUUAUCUUUGGCUGUUUUUCCAUGGCUCACUAUGUAUCAGCUGUAUGGAGUUCAAAAGUCACAUUUCUAUACUGCAGUGCAAAGCAAACUGUCAGGUUGAGAAUGUGAAUGACACUUGUACUGUUUUUGUCUUACAUAUGAUGGAAGAUUUCUCUGGCCUGGCGCUGCCGCCUCUCUUUGGCGGCCACAUAUUGGAAGCAGAACUAGAGCCAGGCGGAGUGGAGCUGGGCCCAGAUGAGGAGGAACUUGGCCCUGGUAGUACUGAGCUGCUUGAGGACAGAUGCCAAGUGUCGGGAGCAGGGCCAGAACAAGAGGAAGAGGAGAAGAGAGAACUGGAGAAAAAGAAGUACCUGGCUCUGAGCAAGAGGUGUAAGGAAAUUGAACAGGUGAAUGAAAAGAUUGUUGGUCGCCUUCAACAAGUACAAAGACUAACACGUCGUAUGAAGAAGGAAAGGAGAUUCCUAAUGAAAACCCUUGAUGCCCAUGGAGAUGACUACAGGAAUGCACAGCUCACCAUAUUGCUUGAGUUCUUGUUUCAGGAAGAGUCUAGUGUCCAUUUAGACAUCGGUCUUGGAGCUGAAGAUGAUGGGCUGAACAGCCAUCCUAGCUUAUCCCCCUCAGUUCCACUCCAAUCCACAGUUGGUCCCAAGAAAAAGAGGCAUAGAGUUCCAAAACAGGAGAGAGAUAAAGACACACAGAAUGAAUCAGACAUCUCCAUGUUGGCUGAGGCACAGUUCAGUGGCUUUCCCAGUCCAACUUCUUUGUCUCACUGACCAGGGGAAGGGCCUGCAAUAGUGGGAGGAGGAAUGAAGCCAAUCUCUUUUACUUGGACUCACACAGCCUGGGCACUUUGGGACUUUCUUGAAAGUCAUAUCAGGCUUGAGACAUUAUGUGAUGAAGUUGCUCUUGAUCAAAGGUUUUACUACACAGAUUCAUUCUGCUGAACCUUGCAGAAUGUAUAUUAAAUAUUAAGUGGUUAUGAUUAUCAUGUAUGUGCUUUGGUAAUCCACACAAUCUGCUCCAGUAAAUAGUGGAAGGUCUGGUCCUUUUUGCUAAAUUACAGUAACCAUACUCUUAGGGCCAAUUUUGAAGACUCUGAUUAAGACUAGUCUAGGACCAAGAAAAAUCAAGUUUAAUAGAAAACUCCAUUGAGCUUGUUGUUUUCGUCCUAGUCUAGACUUAAUAUCUGCUAAACUGGCCCAUAGUGAUGUAGUUAACCUGUUAUUUAUGUUACUUUUUAUGACUUUUUCAGCGUUAUGUUGACGAAAUGUUUAGUACGACAAAAUAUUUUAUUAAAAACUACUGGAUUUGU